CUAUGGCAACAUUUUAUGCAUGACACUUUUUUUCUAAACGACUUGAGUGUUGCUUUUCCUUUCUCGGUGGAGUUUGCAAGUACGAGCGGGUGGAGAACGGGCGUCCAUUUUGCUUCGCCAUAUUGAAUUUGGUCGGACAUCUUUGGACGCCAUGUUUAGUCGGACAUAUUUUAUAAACAUUUUCGCGUAAAUUUCAAAUAUUUUUGAGCCUAAAUAUCGAACUUUUUUUCACUGAAAACUGUGGCACUAGUUGCGGUAAAUAUUACGUUGGAAAAUUCCGUGCCAACGCAUCUCUCCAUUUUUGUCUCCUGGGGCUUGUCGGUGCUUUUGUUACUGGAUAAAUACAGGUGACACAUCAAUAUGAUGAAUCAGGAGAUCAUGUGCGAGGUGGAGAUAGGGACGCACGGGUCUAUGGUGGAGAUUGAGGGCGAUGAUCAAGUUGGAGUCAAGUACGAAGAGAUAGAGACUGGUCAGUACGAGGAGUACAUCACAGAUGAUCAGUAUGAGGAGGUGGAAGAGCAAGUUAUUGGUAUGCAGCACCUCGAGGAAGACUAUAAAAUUUCAGUGGGCAGCGAAGAGGUCAUAUUGCCAGGCAUUUCUGGCGAGGAAGUGCUGAAUGCGAGCACAGACUCGCACUACGAUCCGCUGUACACAGUGCCGCCUUCAACUAGCAGUUUGCCUGAUUGUUCCAGCAGAGCGCGCGGCAGGCCUCGUUCAAAUGUCAACAAUAACGCUAAUAAUAUACAGCAUUUAAUGCCUAUCGGUGAAGUCCCAGUAGGUCUAAUGGAUGGAGUGUCAGGUCGUGGGCCGGCGCGGCGCUGGGAACAGAAGCAGGUCCAGAUCAAGACCAUGGAGGGAGAGUUCUCAGUCACCAUGUGGGCUACUGGCGAAGAUGAUGAUGACGGUUCGAAUCCCGAGCCGGACCCCGACUACACAGAGUAUAUGACCGGCAAGAAGAGUAUAUUAGGAAGUGAAUCUAUGCCAGGCUUAGACUUGUCAGACCCGAAACAGCUGGCGGAGUUUGCGCGGCCCGGGCACAAGAUAAGACUAAAGAAACCCAUGCCGGAGUCAUCUGACAGAACUAUUGCGUGUCCCCACAAAGGCUGCACGAAGAUGUUCAGAGACAACUCGGCCAUGAGGAAACAUUUACACACACACGGACCCAGGGUACACGUCUGUGCUGAAUGUGGCAAAGCAUUCGUAGAAAGUUCAAAGUUAAAACGCCAUCAACUAGUCCACACCGGCGAGAAACCCUUCCAGUGCACAUUCGAGGGCUGCGGGAAGAGGUUCUCCUUAGAUUUUAACUUAAGAACGCACGUCCGCAUCCACACAGGCGACCGUCCGUACGUGUGUCCGUUCGACGGAUGCAACAAGAAGUUCGCGCAGAGCACCAACCUCAAGUCACAUAUACUUACACACGCUAAGGCCAAAUCAAGAAAUUCAUUAUCACGCAACGGUGGUAAUUCCUACGAGUCAGCGCGAACGACGCCGCAAUACGUCCAACUAGAAAUGUCUCCGGACGACUCGAACCCACAACUAAUCUUCUACACCCACGAAUGAAGCAAGAAAAUCAGUGGAACAAGACUUAUGAAUUGUGAUGCAAGACUAUUAAAAAGUGACAUAAAAUCGCGCAAAAAUAUCAAAAACUAUGUGUUAAAAGUGAUAACCUAAGUGAUUCAAGUUCGAAUAGUUAUUCAAUUAUGAAUUUUUUAAUAGUGAUUUAUAAGCACGGACGCUAUCAAGCGACGAAGCAAGACGUUUUAAUAUUUGAAGCAAGAAUUUUGAAUAAUGCAAGACUGUGGAACAGACUCGCAUAGUGAUCAAGUUAAGAGUAUGUUUUAAUUUCUUUCUAUAUUUUAAUAAGCUUUGGAAUAGACCAAAGGAAUUUUACGUUAAAAAAGUAAUUUUAGUUUAACAUUGCUGUUUACAGUUCUGUUCACUAACGAAAUUGUAUUAUUGGCACAUAUGUUUAUGUUUUCGCACCGUUUGCUUUGUUUAAAUUAACCGAGGUCUCAGCUUAGUGUGUUUAACAAUAUUACCAUAACUUGACAUCACGCCUUUUAUCCCCAGAGGCAGAUGUGCACAUUACGGCACUUAAUGCCACUGUACAAUGUAAUACCCA